AUGUCAUCACCACCAAGAAACGAGAGCUCUGCCAUGCUUUCGCCCGAAAGAAUUAUAGAGCAGAGGUUAGGGCGCUACAAAUCAACCGACUCCGAUGACACAACCCAGGUCCUCCGCCAAUUUUUCUCCGUCCUGCCCCCCGACGGGCGAGCCAACUUGGCAGACGACGCCAGAGAAUGUGUAACCGACGAGAGGCUCCGAAAGUUGGUCAAGAGAAUUUACAACGGUCUCUUGCUUCCUAUCAAAGCAUCAGGCGGCAAAACACCCACUGACGAAACACCUUUUUAUCUGCGUAAGGAUUUCGAAGAUUCAUUCGAAAAUACCACUGCGCUCGACCUUGAUUCGAUAACUAAGAGCCCUCAGAAAAGGCUCCGAGACCACUGCUUGCAAAGAUACGGCUUCAGAUGUGUUGCAACAAAAUACUGCAGUGCCUAUCACCCUCGCCCAAAGGAUGCCAAAAAGGCCGAUCUUGAAGUUGCCCAUAUUAUUCUAUUUAAUAUUGCAUCCUUCGAUCCUAAGACCCCUACUGAAUCUGACCGACAUGCAAAUAUAUGGGUUAACAUCAGCCGUUACUUUCCGACUCUGGAGGAUAUGUCAUUCACCUUAGAACAGCUAAAUACAGAGCGAAACGCCAUGAUGCUGGAAAGGUCUCUUCACUGGGAAUUUGGCGCUUUCAGAUUAUGUUUUAUCGCUACCGGUGUCGACAACCAGUACCACGUAAAGACUUUCGAAGAUACUUUGACUGUACCUUGUCUGAUUCUACCUGCAGAUCGUCUUGCAACGUUUCAGCCACACAAAGGAGGGUGGGAUCUUCCAGAUCCCGAGCUUCUGAGAAUCCAUGCCUCUCUUACAGAAUUCUUCAACAUGAGUGGCCACGGAAAAAGAAUCGACAGACUUCUGACUGAAUUCGAAGAACUUGGGGGUCUUGCUUCUGAUGGAAGUACAAACGUGGAAGAUCUUCUUGCAAGCCGGUUGUUGUCGCUCGCUGUCGAUGUUAGGGAGUGA